ACCUGGGCAGUGCACCUGAAGUACUCAGUCGCUGAGUAACUGUUUCUUUUCAAGCAUAUCAAGUGGUGAUGAUGGCAGUCAUAUCGGCUCGUGACCCGCUGGCAACAGUUCUCACGCCCCCUUCAACACCCACCAGCACCCAGGGCUUCCACUUCCCUGGGAAGAUGCCCGCCGCCAUCGUCUCAACCACUGCUACAAACUUGAGUCCCAGAAUGUCAGCAUUUAGUCCCCUGGUAUCCCAAGUGCCAAGCCGUGUACCCUCGAGUGUGCCAUUCCUGCCUCCUGUGCCCUUGGUGCCCGGUGUCCCUAAUAUGGACUCUCGCCUUUCUAGUGUUCUUCACACAUACGGUGUCCUCUCCUUCGGUGCCUUCCCGUGGGUCGCGAUGACUGCUGGCACCGAUCAGUUUAAUCAGCUUCUCCUGUCUGCUGGUGGGCGACUAACACGACCCAAGAAGCGCUAUAUAUGUAAAUUCUGCCACCGAGAGUUUACCAAGAGCUACAACCUCAUGAUCCACGAGAGAACACACACGGACGAGCGGCCCUUCCCCUGCGACAUCUGCGGCAAGGCCUUCAGGAGACAAGACCACCUCCGCGACCACAAGUACAUCCACAGCAAGGAGAAGCCCUUCAAGUGUGAGGUGUGUGGCAAGGGGUUCUGUCAGGCGCGCACCCUGGCAGUACACGAAAGCGGCCACACAGAAGAGGAGCGACAAGUGGCAGUGACAACCAAGACCACACCAGCAAACAACACAGACCCCACGGGAGACUCCUCUACAGCGCCUGCCAUAACCGUCAACGAGGAGGUCAUCGACGUAGAGGCGCUGGAAGGUACGAUGACCCCCUCGGCGCACACCACGACUCACCAGCAUUUGGGCCGACAGCGUAGAGGCUUCACCAUCGUUGACCUGAUGAGCUAGAGCCUUCAGUCUUCAGCGACCUGAAACACUCGCCAACUCAUUGUAUCAUUUCUCCAUUUACAUCAUCACGUCAGUGUUGUUCUCUGUUUGCUUUCAGCUUUAAUGUCAUUGUAAAUAUUAUGUACAUAAAGAGAUGAAGUUCAUAUACGUAAUAAAUUUAAAGCUUA